UCCUCCUCCCUCCUCCUCUUCCAACCGAGUGUAAAUCUUGCAAAGGCUAACAAAAGAGCAAAGCCAGCAGCGGCAGCACCGGCGAAACCCCGGCAGUAGGCAAUACGGGGCCGCAGGAGGACCGGAGCCGCGCUUGCUCCUUCAUCCUCGCCCGCGGAAAGAGUGGGUGGGGUGGGGUGAUAAAAAAUAAAAACAAAUCCUUAGAGCCAUGGCCGGAGGGACCUCCGCGCAGGUGCCAGCGGCAUUCAGGGAUGUGGCCGUCUGCUUCUCGGCCGAGGAAUGGGCAGAGCUAACCGGCUGGCAGAAGGAUCUCUACCGCGACGUCAUGGCCGAGACCUUCCAGCUAGUCUCCUCCCUGGAAUGCCUGCUGGCCAUCCCUGACCUGCUGUCCCAGCUGGCACAAGGAGAGGUGCCCCAGAUCGGUGCCAGACAACCCCCAGGGCAGGACCAGGAAUGCCAGGUGGUGAGUCCAGAGCAGGAAGUGGCCAAAAGCACCGAGGAGUUGCAAGGGCCUCCCAAGCGUGUGAAGAAGCCCCCUCUCCCCCAUCCCUCCGCACCAGGAAAGAAGCCCAAACGGCCACUUCCGCAGCCUGCAGGAAAAGCGCCUGCUGCAGGCGAAGGAGAGGGCGUUCCAGAGUCGAAAGCCGGCCCUCGGACACGGGAAAAACCCUACAAGUGCCCCAAGUGUCGCCGCAGCUUCCUGGGACGUGUUGCCUUGGGCGCCCACCGGGGUCUCCACAUCCGUAAGUGGCGCCGGCUUGUCCCCCAAGCGGCCGGAGGCUCCCCCUACGCCCCAGAGCUGGCCGGCCCCACGUUGGGCAACAUGGGCACUGGAGCCAGCCCCUUCCCCAGCAGCCAGGGUGAGGGCACGCUGCCCUUCUGGCCGGAGAUGGCAUUGCAUCAGCAGGGCCCGCCAGCCGCCAGCUUCAACCCCUGGGCGCUCGGCUACGGGCCGCAACCGCUGCCAGGCCACCAGGCGCCCGGCCUGCCGAGCAACGGGGAGUUUAUCUGCGACCAGUGUGGGUGGAGCUUCCAUGGCUGGGAGGAGCUGGUGACCCACCAGAUGGCUCACAUGGCUGCCGAGGGCAUCGCCGGCUCGGUGCCCAAAGCGGAGGCGCUGGCACACUUGGCCACUGACCGGCCAUACGCCUGCGCGCAGUGCGGCAAGAGCUUCCGCCACAAGCCCAACCUGCUG